AUGAUAGUCGGCGGACCAGAAGGGGGCGACUCAGCGAACACCAGAAAGGCCUGGGCUCGACAGUUGUAUGUCGGGACAGUAUACGGGCGCGAAGAAGGCUCGAAGAAAGUGUGUCGGGAGCCCAUCACGUUCACUGACAAAGACCUACCCACGGGGGAGACACCGCAUCGAGAUGCCCUGGUCAUAGCGAUGGACGUAAAUGGAGUAGUCGUUCGACGAAUCCUGGUUGACACCGGGAGCAGUGUCAACGUGUUAUACCUCGAGACUUUCACAAAAACGGGACUAACCCGAGAGCAGCUGAAUCCAGUCAAGACGCCACUCGCCAGUUUCACCGGAGACUCGGUGGAGGCAGAGGGAUCCAUUACCUUACCAGUGGAAGUUGACAGCUAUCCCGACGUACAGAAACUCAGCAUGAAGUUCAUCGUGGUGGACCUAGCCUGGUCACACAAUGCUAUACUCGGCCGACCAGGCCUGGAGGAUCUAGGAGAACUGAUCUCCAUUGAGCACCUCUGUUUGAAAUUCCGCACACCGAGCGGGAUAGGCACGGUACGUUGCGAUAGAAGAGUCGCCCGCGACUGCUAUCUACAGGCCUGCAGGGGGAUGGGUAAGCGUGAAAUGCAAGCCCACGAGAUCACAGAAAGGCCCCCAAAGAAAGCGAUGAUACCCCGCCCAGAGCCGGCCGUGGAAUUGGAAGAGGUUGAGAUCGACCUUGAACAGCCAGACAGGCGGGUCAGAAUUGGAGUCGGUCUCCCUGAGGAAAUACGAGAGGAAGUUAUCAAAGUACUCCGAGAGCACCGACUAGUCUUUGCCUGGGGUCCGGAGGAUAUGCCAGGCGUCGACCAGUCCAUCAUUGCCCAUCGACUCACCGUGAAUCCGGACCAUCGACCGGUCGUACCGAAAAAGCGGUAUCUCGCCAACGACAGGAGGGAAUUUGUAAAGAAAGAGGUGAGCAUGCUGCUGGCCGCGGGCCACAUCCGAGAAGUUAAAUACCCGGAGUGGUUGGCAAACGUAGUCCUCGUACCGAAGCCCCCAGCAUGGCGAAUGUGCGUGGAUUAUACUGAUCUUAACAAAGCCUGCCCAAAGGAUCCGUUCCCCUUGUCGCGGAUCGAUCAGCUGGUCGACGAGACCAUAGGGUCGGCUCUGCUGAGCCUUAUGGACGCCUUCAGGGGGUAUCAUCAGAUCUUCAUGCACCCGGCUGACGAGGAGAAGACCGCGUUCCUAACACCGGACGGGGUAUAUUGUUACCGAGUUAUGCCCUUCGGACUUAAGAAUGCUGGGGCCACUUACACUCGGAUGGUCGCCCGACUGUUCCAAGACCUGCUGGGGAAGUCCAUGGCGACCUACGUAGACGACAUGCUAGUCAAAAGCCGAGAAGAGAUCAAGCACGCGGAAAGAUUUGGCUGA